AUGAUGGAACACCAGAGACCACUUCGGUUACUCGUUAUCGUCUCAGAGCGAAGCUCGUUGAUCACCAAAGCCCGAGAAUCGCCACAAGAUCUUCUCUUGCCGGCGAUCCGGCUUUUGAAGAAGAAAGCAAUUUCAAGUAUCGACCCAGUACUUCCACUUGAUACAAGAUUGGUCGCAGUACAACAGUGGCGAACACGCGUCUUCAUAGUGUUCGAUAUUGCACAUACAGACUACAAUGUGAAGCUUGGCCAUCUUCUCGAACACAACCAGCUUCCAGUGGUCGUCGCUCAAUUCAGCAAGAAGAAAACAGCAUAUCCAGCUAAUACAUGGGUAUCACGACGAGUCAACCAUGAUGUAGCAAUGCUUCAUAAUGCCAACGGAUUCGAUGCGGUUCCACCUUAUGUGGAGGAUCAUUCGUCAGGGGUACCACCGGCUUACCGCAGCCCCCGGGACAUUACCAUGCUACGAGUCACGUAUAUUCAAUGA